GUAUACAAGUCGUGUUGCUUUUUGAUAACAAGUCAAAAUUGGAGGUUGGUUGAGUUCGAGGAUAGUAAUAGUUUCUCUAGUUGCUAUGGAGUAACGUUUUGAAUACCGGGAUAGGAUGCAUGUGACAGUCUUCUUAUUGGUAAGUGCAAUUGGAAUGGUAUAUACUGACCUGUUUACAGCUAUGGUAGAGCUAGAGCAGUUACUUGAAACAGAAUCAGUACUCAUCAGAACACUGGACGAUCACAUCUCUUCAACAAAGCUUCGAUUGUCACAACUUAGGAGACAAGCAGCCGAAUAUAGCAAACAAUUCAACGAGGCUAGUGUUGAUGUAAGCACCUUCUUGUCCAACCCAAUCAACGCUUAUCAGCUAGUCAAACGGCUCGCUAAUGAUUGGAAACUGACUGAAUCGCUGAUGGUUGAUUCUGCUGAAGAAGAGCGGCAGCAGAUGACGCAGUACCGGCAGCAGCUAAAGUUUCCAACAGUUGAGGAUGUAGUGGGGGCGGCAACGGCUCUGAUGCGGCUGCAGGACACUUAUCAGCUGGACACCGCCUCCAUCGCCCAAGGCCAGCUCAAUGGCGUACAGUACACCACUCAGCUGUCUUCUGACGAUUGUUUUGAGCUGGGUAGACAUUCAUACAAUGGCCAGGACUACUAUCACGCAGAGCUCUGGAUGUCCGAAUCACUCAAACGACACAACCACGAGCAGAAUUCAGCCAACCUCAGACGUUGGGAGAUACUGGAGUACCUCGCCUAUUCUACUUACAUGCAAGGCAAAGUUCAAUCUGCAUUGCAGUUGACCGACGAACUGCUGGCCAUAAUUCCGACGCACCAGUAUGCCCUUAGCAACCGCACCCUCUACCAGGCAGCCAUUGGAAAAGCACCUCAGGUGGAUAUGGACGAUCUGCCAGGAACUGGGGUCUAUGAGAUGCUGUGUCGCAAAGCUCUCUCUCCCAGUCCUCAAGUGCUUGCUCAUCUAAAAUGUCGCUAUGUACACAAAAAUGAUCCAUUCCUUAGGAUUGGGCCGUUGAAAGAAGAAGAUGCCUAUCUGGAUCCCAGGAUUGUUCUGUACCGGGAUGUCAUCUAUGAGGGCGAGAUAGAAGUCAUGAAGAAAAUUGCUUCACCCAGAUUAGAACGCGCCCAAGUGGGUGGCCACAAGGGCAAACCAUUAGUGACCAACUAUCGGAUCAGCAAGUCAUGCAGUCUAAAUGAGGACGAGCACCCAAUCAUCAAGCGACUGAGCCGUCGUAUGGAGCACAUCACCUCAUUGACCAUGGACACCGCCGAGCCACUACAGGUUAUCAACUAUGGAAUUGGUGGAUACUAUUUUCCACAUCUUGACUUCAGUUAUGACAACAGCUUUGCUGACGAAGAUUUUGGUAAUAGGAUAGCUACAGUGCUGUUUUACAUGAGCGAUGUAGCUCAGGGCGGGGCUACGGUGUUUCCCUCACUGGAGUUGGCGCUUUGGCCCGAGAAAGGAUCGGCUGCGUUCUGGUACAACCUGCAUCCCAGCGGAGAGGGCGACCUCGCCACACGCCAUGCCGCCUGUCCCGUGCUCACCGGCUCCAAGUGGAUCGCAAGCACCUGGAUACACUUGUAUGGCCAAGAGUUUAGGAGACCGUGCUUGCUGCAAAAAGAGGUGCGAAACACGACAAGCUGGUACAGCUGAAUAGAGACAGCCUUCAAUUGAAAAACACCAAUUUUAUUAGAUAGCUGUGUUAAUUUUUUUUAUUUAACUAUUUCUUUUCUAUCGAACUAAAUCAUUCUCUUUAAUAUUUUUUUUUUAAUUUUUCACAAUGUCCUGAUAAACCAUCCGAUGGUCAUUUUGAAUAGAAUUAUUCACAUUAUUCUUUACAAUGUUUCCAUAGGCCAUCCAAUGUUCAUUUUUAAAACAAUCAUAUUCAUCAUUGAUGUACUCUACCACGGUAUUGAAUCCAGCAAUAUUGGUUCAAACACUGAAAAUGUAUUGUAAAUAUGUUUCAAUAUAGAUUCAGUAAGAAUUGUGAUAAUUACCCGAUUAAACAAGCACUGGUUGUCUGCCAUUCAUGAAUCAUAAUUAAAUGUAUCAUAUUUUAAUAGAUUUUCUAAUUGUAUACUUGGACUUGAUAUACUAUUAUUAGCUUAGAAUGGUGGGGAGACACAAGGGUAGUUCCACCUCGCCGUAUAUAGUCCAAAGCUCCCUAAUGGGAAGCCGGACACUAAGGUUAUAGUGAGCACAAUACUUCAAAUUUACACUUUUCACUUUGAAAUAAAGUUCUUUUUCACUUGAUAUAACUUAAUGUGUCAUAUGGUAGCAAUAUAAAAUGUUGCACAAAAAUAAAUUCUUAUAAAUUUCAAAAAACCUUGACCUAUAACAUUCAAAGAUUGUGAAACGUGCAAAAAGAAAUUAAUAAAGAACAUAAAAUGACUGUCAUGGUGGUUAGUUUUUCAAGCAAAAUAUUUAUGAUAUCGUAACAUAAAACUCUUGUAUUUUAUCUUAUUUUUCAUCAUGAAGGUC